AAUCCGAAGUGUCACCGAAAGGAUCCAAAGAGCAAAGGGAUCUGAGGGUUCAAGAUGGAGGCAGCAGGCGAGAGGGGAGACGAAAGCAGAAGCCGGAGGGUGACUCUUGUAUGUCUCAGUGUGAUGAAAACCAAAUUCCCAGAGAGGAGAAAAAGCAUGAAUGUUUGGAGUGUGGAAAGAGCUUCAGUAACAGUAGCAGCCUUACCUCGCAUCAGCAAACUCAUACAGAGGAGAAACCUUAUAAAUGUUUGGAGUGUGGAAAGAGCUUCGGUCACAGUAGUGCCCUUACCGUGCAUCAACGAACUCAUACAGGGGAGAAACCGUAUACAUGUUCAGAGUGUGGAAAAAGCUUCAGUCACAGUAGUGUCCUUACCAUGCAUCAUAGAUCUCAUACAGGGGAGAGACCGUAUACAUGUUCAGAGUGUGGAAUGAGCUUCAGUCAGAGUGGCCACCUUAAGUCGCAUCAAAGAUCUCAUACAGGAGAAAAACCGUAUACAUGUUUAGAGUGUGGAAGGAGCUUCAGUAGGAGUAGCACCCUUAAGUCGCAUCAAAGAACUCAUACAGGGGAGAGACCGUAUACAUGUUCGGAGUGUGGAAAGAGCUUCAAUCAGAGUAGUUCCCUCACCUUGCAUCUACGAACUCAUACAGGGGAGAAACCGUAUACAUGUUCAGAGUGUGGAAAGAGCUUCAGUCACUGUGGUGCCCUUACCUCGCAUCAAAGAUCUCAUACAGGAGAAAAACCGUAUACAUGUUUAGAGUGUGGAAAAAGCUUCAGUGAACGUCGCACCCUUAAGUCGCAUCAAAGUUCCCAUACAGGGGAGAGACUGUAUACAUGUUCGGAGUGUGGAAUGAGCUUCAGUCAGAGUGGCCACCUUAAGUCGCAUCAAAGAUCUCAUGCAGGAGAAAAACCGUAUACAUGUUUAGAGUGUGGAAGGAGCUUCAGUCAGAGCAGUUCCCUCAGCUUGCAUCUACGAACUCAUACAGGGGAGAAACCGUAUACAUGUUCAGAGUGUGGAAAGAGCUUCAGUCACUGUGGUGCCCUUACCUCGCAUCAAAGAUCUCAUACAGGAGAAAAAUCGUAUACAUGUUCAGAGUGUGGAAAAAGCUUCAGAGAACGUGGCACCCUUAAGUCGCAUCAACGAACUCAUACAGGGGAGAAACCGUAUACAUGUUCAGAGUGUGGAAGGAGCUUCACUCAAAGUAGCACCUUAAGUCGGCAUCAAAGAUUGCACACAGGAGAGAAACCGUUUAAAUGUUUGGAGUGUGGAAAGAUCUUCUGUCGCGGUAGCCAACUCACGUUGCAUCAACGAACUCAUACAGGA